GUACCCGCAGUCGCGCAACAGCUGAUGUGGACGUAGCAGACACACAACAUUUGAGCUUCUAAAAUAUCCAGUGACAGGAAUCUAAAUAACUAUCUAUCGACGGUUCUAUACCUCAUUACCAUAUGAUGGCUCUUUUGCAAGAGAAAUAAUAAGGAAGGAAACUAGGAAAGGGCACAAAAAAGUCCCAAACUUGUGAGAUUAACGGGUCUCAUGGCCACAGACAGGCGAGUUGUCAACACACCAAAUAUUCUAUCCAUUUAAAUCAAAACCCAAAAAUGAAUACGAAAGUGUCACAAUACUUCAUUAACAAAUACAAGCCUAGUGUAGGACCCGAAGAUGCAGAGGCGCCCUUGUAUGACCCGGGACUGCUGGCCAAGCUGGACUGGUCAAAGGUCACCCACAUGAAAGGCGGGGUCACGAACCACGCGCCAGGAACAGGUCUUCGGGUCAGGCCAUUGUGCAAGGCGGACUAUGACAGAGGAUUCCUGCAGUUGCUGAGUCAGCUGACCAAAGUGGGUGAUAUCUCCAGGGAGAAAUUCAAUG